AAGAAAAAUAGAAAAAAAAAUGGGGAAUUGUUUAAGGCAUGAAUCAGAAAUGCAUUGGGCUGGUGAAGAUUGGGAUGAAUUCAUCACAGAAGAUGAAGAAGAUCAUCAUUAUAGCUCUAAAACCACCAGAGAUGGCAAAACAGUAGUUGUAACAUGUGACAGUAAAUCCCCUGUUCCAUCUCAUGAGAUCAAGAUCAGGCUCACGAAGAAACAACUCCAUGAUUUACUGAGUAAAGUCAACGUCCAUGACUUGACCUUUCAUCAACAGGCCACUUUCUCAUGUCCAAGCCUGAACAAUCGUGGGUACGAAGAAGCCAAUCAUCAACGGUUAUGGAGACCGGUUCUGCAGAGCAUACCAGAGGUUAAUUGAGGUUUUGUUUUCAGAGAUGAUCAUGUAUUGUAUAUUGCUUAGGGGUUUCUUCACUUUCUUGAUGUGAGGGUAUAUGUGUUAGGGUAGAAUUUUGAUGUAAAUUUUGUUUGGACACAUGACGCUUCUGUUUUUGUUUGUUAGAUUGUAAAUAUAAAAGCAUAAAACUAGAAUUAAAAGCUUGUUGUUAAU